UCAUUCAUUGUCUAUAAAGCUAUUUCUAUUACAAAAUAUACUUUAAAAUCUGAAGGAAAAAAAAAAACGCCAAACCAAAAACAUUUACAACUAGACAAGUUAAUGUCCUUUAAUUUGUGUCAGGGACCAUGAGGUGUCAAAUUGCUAAAAGAUUCUUCAAGUGCUCUCUUCUCCUUUUCUUUUUAUUUUAUUUUUUUUUAUCUUUAUAAGAUUUAGGCAUUGAGGCACUCACAUAUCUAUCUAUAUAUAGCUCUCACACUGAUCAUUUCUCUCACUCACUAGCAAUUAAGCACUCUUUACUCACCCCUCCCUCCCAUAUCUUGAUUCUUCAAGCGUUCUAUUUUCCCAGUUUCUGUUCAAUUUUCAUCACCUUUUGCUAAAGCAAUGGCCACUGUUGAGGUUGCACCAGCAGCAACGUUGCAAGAAAAUGAGGCAAAGACGGUUGAGGUGAUCAAGACUGAAGAGAAAACCCCGGAAGAGCCUGUGGCUGCCGCACCAGCUGCUGUCCCUGAGUCUGAGGCUGCAACCACCGAAGAGCCAAAGGAAACCACACCAGUAGAAGCAGAAGCAGAGGCAGAGGCACCUGCUGCUCCUGAAGCUGAAGCUCCAGUUCCAGCUGAAGUUGAGACCAAGGAGGUGGCAGAGGAAACCAAGGCUGCUGAGGCUGAGGCAGAGGAGCCAGCAGCAACAGAAACAGAGAAAACAGAGGCAGAAGAGCCCAAAGAGGUCACAGCAGCGGAGCCUGUUGCUGCUGUUGCUGAGGAGACCAAAGAAGAGACCACUGAAAGUGCUGAGACACCAGCAGCUCCUCCUGUAGAGGAAGAGAAACCAGAGGAAACUACCACAGAUGUUCCGGUCGAGAAGACUGAGGAGUAGAAGAUUUAUGACAUCAUCAUCAUCAUCAUCAUCAUCAUCAGAGAAGUUUGUUUGUGGGGGUUAUUUUCUAGGUUGCAUGUCCAAUUUGGUCAGCUUCUUAGCUACAUUUAUAUUUUGGUUUUUAGUUUAUAAUGGAGGUAAGGUGUUAAAUUAGUGGGGUUUGGCAUUUGGAAUCUACCCUUAUUUUAAGCUUUCUAUCAUAUAUGUUCAAGACGAUGGCAUGCAUGGUGUUGGAUUGAAGUAAGUGGAAUUGGUGUGAAGAAGAGAUGUGAUUUCUGUUAGUUUUGAAUAAUAUUUAUUUAUGCACUUAUAAUAUUCUUGUUUGUUUUGCU